AUGCAGAGAAAGAACCCUAUAGUAGAUGAGUAUUGGAAGAGCAUUUUGGACUAUGUAACAACAUCAAUGAUACACAAAGAUAAUGCCCUUCCAUUGGCACGUAUAAAAAGACUCAUGAAAGUUGAGCAAGAAGUUAGCAAAGUGGCAAACGAAGUGCCUCCUCUAUUUUCAAGGAUAACCGAGAUAUUCAUUGAGGAGCUAACACUUCGUGCAUGGCAGUGCACAGAAAAAGGAAAAAGACGAAUACUUCAGCGAGGCGACAUCUGCUCUGCUGCUAAGUCCUCUGAUGUGUUCGACUUCCUUAUAUACCUUAUGCCAAAGGGAGCUGGCAUAGUUGAGCUAAAUAUGAAUUCCCAGACUAAAUACUAA